CCACUACACAGCCGGCGCCGCUGCCCAGCAACGCUCACCUGUGUUCUUUCUAUUCUUACUAGUGAGUACUAGUGAUGAACGUUGCGACGGAAUAGUCGUAAAAAGCAAUGGAUACCUGCGUGAUCCAAGUUACAAACGUUGCCCCUACAGCCACCGUGGAGCAGAUGUCCACGUUGUUCGGCUUUUUGGGCAAAAUCCUGGAGUUGAAGAUGUAUCCGGCGGACGAGUUCUUGGUGCACCCUGUGGCCAAGGUAUGCUACAUUCGCUUCGAAGAAUCCUGGAGCGUCGGUGUGGCGCAGCACCUCACGAACACAGUGUUUGUGGACCGUGCUUUAAUUGUGGUGCCGGUGGCAGAUGGCAAACUUCCAGACGAGAGCAAGGCGUUGGCGCUUACAGCCUCAGCGACGCCGCCUGUCGAGGAACCAACGGCGCCUAUCACCACUGGUUUGGUCAACCAGCUUGCCAUGGGAGCUGGUGGCAUUCAAGUGAUUACAACCCAAGACCCCACGCUGGCUGCCCUAGGCUUGCCGCCGUAUCCACCGUUACCGGCCACGAUGGAUCCCGCCAAAGUGGAAGAGAUCAGGCGCACCGUCUACGUCGGCAACCUGGACUCGUCAGCCACUACUGAACAACUGCUCAAGUUCUUCAGUCAAAUGGGCGAAGUAAAAUAUGUGCGCAUGGCUGGCGGUGAGAGCCAGCCGACACGGUUCGCCUUCGUCGAAUUCACUGAACAAAGCAGCGUGGGCCGCGCGCUGCAGUUCAAUGGCAUUGAGUUUUGUGGUCGUUCGCUCAAGAUAAACCACUCGAACAACGCGAUCGUCAAACCGCAGGCUAAAAGCUCCGAGGCGGCGCACAAGGAAAUCGAAGAAGCCAUGCGACGCGUGCGCGAAGCGCAGUCGCUCAUUACGGCUGCUAUUGAGCCAGAGAUGGUGAAGCAGCCGAUAGUUGGCUCGCCAUUACAGCUUGGUGCGGUGGCAACCCUUGCCAAACGCAGGAGCCGUUCAAAGAGCCGCUCGAGACGCCGAAGCCGCUCCAGGAGCCACAGCAGCCGACGCAGGAGCCGGUCCAGCAGUCGUAGACGCUCUACCAGUCGACACCGGAGGUCUCACAGGCGGUCGAGAAGCAGGCACCGCUCACCCAGGCGCAGGCGGCGCUCCUCAAGCAGCCGCCGUUCAUCCCGCUCCAGACGCCAUUCGAGAUCCAGGUCUCCCAGCAGAAAGCUGCGACUUAAGGAUCUGGACAGGCGUCGUGGUGAAUCCCGGGAGAGACGCCGCCGCAAGCGCUCGCACACCCCUCGUAAAUCCAGACGGGGCUCGUCACCACUGACGCCACCACGCCGUAGUGGCAAGAAGCGACACAAGUCGCGCAGCCCAAAGCGAACUAAGAGCCGUAAAUCUCCUAAAGAAGAUACAAAGGCCCCCGUCGCAAGGGACUACGAUGAAGAAGAAAAAGGCUACGAACCGGCACGUGAAAUGAGCCCAGCCAGUUCUCCCCCUUCAGGGGACAUGGAUCUCGCCAGUGAUUAAUGAACCAAUAAAGGGCACUCAUUUUAUUUCCA